CUCCUCAGAUUCUGUCAAAUUUUAAGAACAAAUGCACCUUAUAGCUCAUGGAAGAAAAAACACAAAUCAAGACAUUUUUGGGUUCCAAGUUGCCAAAGUAUGGAACAAAAUCUGUAAGAAGUACACUGCAGCCAAUGCCAAAUGGGACACCUGUUAAUUUAUUGGGAACUUCCAAGAAUGGCAAUGUCAAAAGUUACAUCAAAAAUAAUGGCUCUGAUUGUCUGUUAUCCCAUUCAUUUAACUGGAGAACGGCAAAUAAAUACCAGCUUAGUGCACAGAGUGCUGAAGAGCCUAACAGUACUCAAAGUUCACAUGAUAAAGUAAUUGAUCCUGAGAAACAAGCACCUACUCAAGGAAUGUUUGAUAAAAAUGGGAUAAAGGAAGGUUUGAAAAGUGUUUCUUUACUCACAUCAAAGUUAGCAAAGCCGUCCACUAUGUUUGUGUCAUCUACAGAGGAGUUAAACCAAAAGACUUUGUCUGGAACAUCUAAUUUGGGUAAAUUCACCAAAGGCAAAUUAUUGGGAAGGACUUCAUAUUCUUCAAUCAGUGCACCAAAAUCGCAGUUGAAUGGAUUUUAUGGAAACCGAUCAGGUGGUAGCAUACAAAGGCCUAGAGCAAACUCCUGUGCCACCAGAAGCAGUUCUGGAGAAAGCUUAGCACAAUCCCUAGACAACAUUAAGUCUGUUACUUGUGAAAAAAUGGUAAGGUCACAAAGUUUUUCACAUUCCAUUCAGAAUUCAUUCCUUCCAUCGUCAUCUAUAACCAGAUCACAUUCCUUCAAUAGAGCUGCAGAUCUUACAAAGCCUUAUCAGAACCAACAGCUACCCAUUAGAGUGCCUCUGAGGUCAAGUAUGCUAACAAGAAAUUCCCGGCAGUCAGAAGUACUCAAUGCGAAUGAACAUUUAGGGUAUGGAUUUAAUAGGCCUUACGCUGCUGCUGGAAAGAAGUUGGCUUUACCAAAUGUCCCAGGUGUAACUUCCACUUUGGGUUAUAGGAUGGUUCCUCCCUCUCUACUGAAAUCUAGCCGACCUCCAUUUUCUGGGACUAUCACAGUUGAUGGUAAUAAAAAUUCACCUGCUGAUGCAUGUGUAGAGGAAGAUGCUGCACUUUUGGCUAAGGACAGAGCUACUGAUAAGGACCAAGAACUAAUUGAAAAUGAUAGUUACAGAACAGAAAAUGACCAGACCAUGAAGCAUGAUGCUAAAACUAGAUUCCUGAGUGAUGAUGUGGAUGACAUUUCCUUGUCUUCUUUGUCAUCUUCUGAUAAGAAUGAUUUAAGUGAAGACUUUAGUGAUGAUUUUAUAGAUAUAGAAGACUCCAACCGAACUAGAAUAACUCCAGAGGAAAUUGCUCUCAAAGAAGAAAAGCAUGAAAAUGUACCACCAAAGGAUAUAUUUGAUUCCCCCAAGGAAAAUGAAAAAUCCUUCAGUAAAACUGAUGAGUGGAUAGAUAUAAGUGUCUCUGACAGGAGUGAAUGUAGAAAACAUGCUUCUGGGAAUAGCUUGAUUUCACCAGAUACAGAUUACAGAGCUGGUUCUUCAUUUGAACUCUCUCCGUCUGAUAGCUCUGAUGGAACAUACAUGUGGGAUGAAGAGGGCUUGGAGCCCAUUGGAAAUGUCCAUCCAGUUGGGAGCUAUGAAUCCUCUGAAGUGAACAGCAUAGUAUGUAUGGAUUUAUAUACGCUUUUGGAACAUUUUCUUUACCUUACUGUAGAGAGACUUGUGAUAUUGGUUGGAUUUUUUAAGUUUAUGAAUUAACUCUCCUAGUUUGAGAAAUGAGAAUUCCUAUCUGUUAAGGGCCUAUAAAACAUCUGCUCUUAAUACAUAAUAAAGCAUAUAUUUGUGUCAUGUGACACUUGAGUUGAAUAUAA